GGCAGCUGGAGUUCCACACUACAAGAGCCCCCCUCUCCGAUAAAGUAUCCUCAAUGCUGUAACCAGUCUUUGUUGUCAUAAAGGGUUAGGGAUCCAUGGGUAUGGACUCUGGUUGUCAGCUUUUGGCAGGCAUGUAGACAAAGUUGGAGUGUUAGUCCAGCGCUCGGAGCGUCCAGCAAAGUGUAGCAGUGAAAGAGGAGACGGCGAAGAAAGAAAAACUCUGGCAGAGCGAUUGGAGUUUAAACUUAAGUAUUUGACUCAAAUUCCGAGCGCAGCACAUCUGCAAAGAGCAAGAAAAGUCUCCAGUUGCGGAGGGAAGGACAGAAAACUUGAAGAUUUUUCUGGAGGGAAACCACAUUCGAAAACGUGUCCCGGCUUCGAUGAGGCACUGAGGAAUGCGCAGUUGCCAUGGAAACCCAGUCCCAGGUCAGUUCCGCAGCCGAGAAGAAGAAGAGGGUGGAGACCAUCGUGGCAACGAAGAGCUCCUCGACCCGAACGGACAUCAGCGAGAAGGCCGUGGCCUCCAGCACCACCUCCAACGAGGAUGACACCGCUGGUUCUCCGUACCAUCGCGAGAGGCGUAACGCGAUCAGCGGGCAGGCAGCAGGCCUGGGUCUGGUGGCCUCCAAGCUAAGUGAGGAACCAUCCACCUCCACGGAAGAGCGCCCCUCGCUGGUCAAGAAGGAACUGCAUGCCUCGCUGCCCCACCUGGCUGACCACACUCUCCCCUACCGGGGCACGCUCUUCACCAUGGACCCUCGCAAUGGCUACCUGGACCCCCACUACACACCAGCUCAGUUUUUCCCUGGGUUUCACCCUCCUGUACCCAUCGAUGACAGACACACACAGGGGCGGUACAUCUACGAGCCGUCACCGGUGCCACCACUCCAUGUACCUCCUGCGCUGGCAGGCAGCCCCGCAUUUUCGGAUAUCUCCGUCAUCCGAAUCCCGCCCCACCGGAACCCAUCAGUUGCAGCAGAGUCUCCCUUUAACCCCCCGCACCCGUACAUCAACCCCUACAUGGACUACAUCCGCUCCCUUCACAGCAGCCCCCCCCUCUCCAUGAUCUCUGCAGCCAGGGGACUCAGCCCUGCAGAUGCUCCCCACACGGGUCUGGCCACGGUGGAGUACUACCAUCAGAUGGCGCUCCUGGCGGGCCACCGCAACCCCUACGCCGACUUCAUCCCCUCCGCUGUGUCGUCCACUGGAGCAGGAGGGAAUGCCCUGCACAUGGACUACCUCCAGGCCCUGGAAGGUUCUCGCUUCCCUAGCCCUAGGCUCCUGGCCCGUCAGAGCAGGAAGCGUCCCCUCCCCGUUUCACCCCACUCGGACUCCAGCUUUGACCUGCAGGUCAUCCGCAACUCGCCCAACUCCCUGGUGACCAUCCUGAACAGCUCACGGCCCAGCACCUCCACCAGUGGCUCCUACGGCCACCUGUCCGUCGGCGCCGUCAGUCCAGCGCUGAGCUUUGCCUACCCUCCCACCCCCGUGGCACUGCAGAUGCAUCAGCAGCUGAUUGGCCGGCCGCCGGGCAUCGUGGGCUCGGCGUUCGGGCACAGCCCGCCCCUCAUCCACCCCGGCCCCGCCUUCGCCACACAAAGACCCGUAGCGGGGAUCCCCUCGUCGGGGCCUGUGGCCCCGGAGCGCUCCACCGGCUCCACAGACUCGCAGAAUAAACCCACCAGUGAAUCAGCUGUGAGCAGUACAGGAGACCCCAUGCACCACAAACGCUCCAAAAUGAAACCUGACGAAGAGCCCCCAAGCCCUGGAGCAGUUAGUGUACAGACCCAGCCGGAUGGUAUGACCCUGGUUAAGGAGGAGGGAGAGAAAGAAGAGGGGAAGCAGGAGCCAGAGGUGGUGUACGAGACCAACUGCCAUUGGGAGAACUGCUGCAGGGAGUUCGACACCCAGGAGCAGCUCGUCCAUCAUAUCAAUAACGACCACAUCCACGGGGAGAAGAAGGAGUUUGUGUGCCGCUGGGAGGAGUGUUCUCGAGAGCAGAAGCCAUUCAAGGCCCAGUACAUGUUGGUGGUUCACAUGCGCAGGCACACGGGCGAGAAGCCACACAAGUGCACAUUUGAAGGCUGUUCCAAGGCCUACUCCAGACUGGAGAACCUGAAAACACACCUGCGCUCCCACACAGGGGAGAAGCCCUACGUGUGUGAACACGAGGCCUGCAACAAGGCCUUCUCCAAUGCGUCAGACCGCGCCAAACACCAGAACCGCACACACUCCAACGAGAAACCAUACGUGUGCAAGAUUCCCGGCUGCACCAAGCGCUACACGGACCCCAGCUCACUACGCAAGCACGUCAAGACCGUUCACGGCCCCGAGGCGCACGUCACAAAGAAGCAGCGCGGCGACGCGUACCCCCGGCCGCCGCCGCCGCGGGAUCCCGGCACCACAGGGCAGGGCCGCUCACCCGUUCAGCGGGCCCCAGGGUCAUUCGGUGACCAAAGGGAGUACAACCAUGCUACCUCAAAGCAGGACGACUGUCUGCAGGUCAAGUCGAUCAAGACGGAGAAGCCUAUGACGUCUCAGCCAAGCCCUGGCGGUCAGUCUUCAUGCAGCAGUGACCAGCCCCCCGCCGGCCCCCAUCUCGGCCGUGGAGUCCAGCUUGCUGUGAGGAGCGUCGGGCUGGUGGGGGAGGCGCUGGUGGUCGAGGACCAGGAGGACGAGGAGGAGGACGAGGGAGAGGGAGAGGAGGAGGACACCCCCAUCAUGGACUGCACCGUGUCCACUGCCACGGCCCCGGCAUGCGCCCUGACCCUGCGGACCCGCAGGGGCCUGGGCCGUCCCCUGCGCUGGAUGGAGCAGGUGAAGAUGGAGAGGCUCAGGCAGGUGAAUGGAAGCGUGCCCAGGUUGGGACAUCUGUCCCCCACGCUGCCCCCUACAGGCCAGGUCCUCCCUGUCCUCACAGGGAAAGGCCCGUGUCCUGGCAGGAGCUCCUGUGGGGGCAUCCCAGCAGCCCAGCCUUCUCCACGCAGCGAGCUGUCCUGCACGGAGCUGACGGUCCUGAGCCUCUUGCGAGACCGCCGCGACAGCGGCGUCAGCGCCGCCAGCUCGGCCUACCUGAGCGGCAGCCGCCGCUCGUCCGGCGUCUCGCCGUGCUUCUCGAGCCGCCGCUCCAGCCAGGCCUCACAGUUCGAGCCCGGGCAGCCCGGACGCCUGCACAGCCUCAGCACCGCUGACUCCUACGACCCCAUCUCUACGGACGCCUCCCGCCGCUCCAGCGAGGCCAGCCAGGGAGGCAGUGCCGGAGGCGGCGGCUCAGGCGGGGUGGUGGCACCUGGAGCAGGGUGGGGAGGUGGGAGCGGAGGUGUGGGAGGAGGUGGGACAGGACUGAGGAGCGUGCUCAGCCUCACCCCGGCGCAGCACUAUCAUCUCAAGGCCAAGUACGCAGCCGCGACAGGCGGGCGCCCGCCGACGCCCUUGCCCAGCAUGGAGCAGGGGAGGCCAAGGAGCCACGUAGCCAGGGAUGGGCAAGAUACAACCCAGCUCACGCUGCCCCCGCUGGUCAGACCACGCCGGUGCAGUGAUGGCAGCACAAAUACGCACAGCAGUCACACAGGGUACAGGAGGAGGGGCUUCUACCCCGGGGAAGGCCCAGGAAAUGGCGACCGAAGAGCAAGCGACCCCAUAUGGACAAGAGAUCACAGCUCCUUCGGACUGCCGCAUAUACAGCGCUUCAGCAGCCUGAAUAACAUGCACCCCUUACCCCCUUUGGUUGGUAACCAUUACCCCUUUGGAGAAAGUAACAAUCUAAGCCUGCAGAACUGCACACGCUCAGAGGGAAACCUUCAGAGGGGCCUGCUCUUCCCUUGCCCUCCGAGCAUUAUGGAGCAAUCAGCACUUGAGUCUUUGGCAAUGGAGCAUGAUGAGGCUCUGUUAUUUAGGGAGGAGGACAUUCUGCCGGAAGACUUAGUGCAGUACCUCCACUCCCAGGAACACGAGACCAUCUGCGGCCAGCAAAACGGUACAAGUUCUCACCCUCACCGAAACAGCCAAGUUCCCGAAGAGGCUCAGAGCUUCCAUAAUCCUCCAGAGCAACAGAGGGCACCAGAGGCACAAAGUCCCAGUGAAAAUGGUAUGCCUAUCCAGUGGAAUGAGGUGAGCUCGGGUAGCGCCGACGUGUCCCCUCCCCAUCUGCCACAGAAGGGUGGGAGGUGGCCAGACCAGAGCGUCUUAGUAGGAACUCCGUUUGAUAGCUUAGGACACAUGGUGGGGCAGCGCCAGGUCCUUGGCGACUUCACAGAUCAGCACUUCCCUGCUCAGGGAGCUGGUAUCCAGCCCACAGCUGAGCUAACCAAUGGUCACCCUCACCCACACAGGCAAGGCCCUAAUUCAGCAACGCAACAGCUGGCUUGCAGAUUGAGCUCAGCGACGGAGACCUCCCCACACAAGGAAACAAGGCGAAACAGCUCCCACUCAUACAACAUCGCUCAACCUGUCUUCUACCAGACUGCCCUGGGCCCCACCCACCCAAGCUGCGCUCAGCAAGCCAGCAGGUCGCAAAUUCGGUUCCCGCCGAACCUUGCCAUCACACGUCAAAAUGGCAGCGCCGUUUGCCUGCAAGGCGCAGCUAAUUGCAACCUGUCCUGUACCUUGACACUCCCUCACCAGCUCGUCAGGCAGGGCUCCUGUCAACCACAGCACCGCCCCACCCAACAGCACAGCGUCAGGCAUGGAAACAGCGCUGGCUGUGUACUCGCCAGUCGAGUUUCAGAACUGAAGUUGGAAGCAGAAGACCCCCUUCAAGCCAGCUCUUGCGCAUCCGUCCAGCAGCAGCAGUUCAUCGCCGAGUGCUUCGACCCAGCAGAGCCCUCGGCUUCAAGCUUCGCCCCCCCGCAGCAGCUAUGCCUCCUGGGUACACUGAAGAUCGAGGCCGAGGUAUCAGAUGGACGCCCCAGGGGCCUCCUCUCCCCCGGGGCCGACCAGGUGACCAGCACAGUGGAGGGCAGCCCUGGCGUCAGUGUCCUGGAUAACGUCAGCCUGGAUUUCUCCUCUAUCCUGGAAGAAAGCCUGGACCAGGGCAGCCUGGCGCCCGAUGUCGUCGGCCCCAGCGUCCUCCAAGGCCUAUCACAGGCGUCCUCCCGGCUGACGACCCCUCGCCUCUCUGCCAUGAUCCAUGGCCUGCCUCCCAGCACCAACAACAUGGCCAUUGGAGACAUGAGCUCCCUCCUCACCACCCUCGCAGAGGAGAGCAAGAUUCUCGCCAUCAUGCAGUAGGGUACAUGACCCCCUCCCCACUGUCUGAGAAAAUGCAACGAGUUAUACGGACAAUAUACACAGACUCAAACUUGUAGCUGAUGUAACAGAAAGAUACGGACAAAGAGCAGAAAAUUUUAGCAUUUUAUAUUAGCAAGAAUAAUUUAAUAGCAGAUGUUGAGACAAAGUAUAGGUUAAAACCCCUACAUAUGGGGAUUGUGGAAACCAUAUAAAUACAUUAUAAGUAUAUAAAUACAUAAAGUGAUUCCAUUUCUGGAAUAUUGGAAUAAUUAAAAGCCCAUUCUUUAAUUGCUUUAAAAUGACUGUGGGUGUCAUUAGAAUCAUUCCCAUGACUCAGAACCAGUAUUCUGCAUAUUAUGGUUGUUUUGCUUUCUUGUUGGACACUGAUGGUAUAUGUGCAUGUUCUUUUUCCAGCCAAAUAUACCCACUUUUUAAGUGAGUCGAAUAUCUCAUUUGCUAAUAUCCAUUUACUUUUGAGUGAAUCACGUAUUACAGAGAAGCGAAUGCAUGGAGAGCCCGACCCAGUGGUCAGUGGGUAGGAAGGAUCCAAUCUAACGUUUAGCAGACCCAACUGUUUAAUCACUUUUAAUUAUAUUCACAUGUUUAUACUGAGGUUUCAUACAGGUCUUACAUAAUAAUUUCACAUUGUCACAUCACAUUGUAUUGUUUUUAUAAAUGUCUUCAAACACAGCAGCGAAUAUAAAUAUAAGGGACCAUUUUGUUACAUAAGGGUACUACGUGUGGAGCAGAGCCCCAUAGUGAUCAGCUGUACUACUUGAUUUACGUCAACUGUAUACGUGUAUAUAGACUUUUUCCUCUUUUUACAUUGUAGGAUUUUAUAAUUUACAUGCUUACUGUGUUUUUAAUGACCGGUGCUUAUGACAAGCUGUGCAUUACGUGGCUAUAGUGAAAAAAACAGUACGAGGCGAUAUGUAGUCGACCUCAGUAUGUUGCUUAUUGCACAAAGACUAAACAUUUAAGUAUAGUGGUCAAAAAGGUGCCAAAAAUUGGCAUUGGUAUUAAAUCAUUUUAAGUGUUGCCAAAUAUCAAUUAAUUUGAGUUGAGCAUUUCUUUUUUAAAAACAUGUGAGCUGUGUAUUGUGUUCUGACACUACCAUGUGAUGAACAGUACCAUCAAGGUCUUGGUGUUGCACCUCAGUUCUGUUCGUAGUGAAUAGUCUCUGCCUCUGAACCCUCACGUGAAGGCUGAGACUACAUAGACACCUUGAGCUCUUAUGCAAAGAGAACUAAAAUUUGGCAAUUUUCUUAGCAGUAUUAAGAACAAUCUGUACAUACCUGCAUAUGUACAGUUUUUUUUAUAAGUCGUGCUGUAGCAGUUAGGUACUGUUUGGUUUUUAUGGUUAUUUGGUUUUGUUUUUUUGGGUUUUUUUUUUUCCUGAAGUUGUGUAACAAUUUCAUGCUGUUCUUUUAGAAGUGGUAUGAUCCAUUCCCUGAGGAAAGGAUUGGGGGCUUUGGGCCAAAGGUAUGUGCCUUAUCAGUGCCUGCCGAGGAACACUGCCAAUCUUUUAUAAGGAACUGUUCAAAUAAAAUGUAUGUGUUAAAUGCAGGAAGAGGCCCACAACUUCACACAAAACUUGGUGACCAUACAUGCUUAUAGUACGGGUGGGGCAUUAAGAAAUGUGACAUCUGAAAAAGCAAAAAUGUUGGCGGAAGAUAUUUUAAGUUAUCACAUUUCUUGCCUUUUUUAUACUUGUAAAUACGUAAUCCUUCGGUAGAGUUUAGUGGAGUGUUAAGAUGACAGUAAGGGGCCAACCCCAACACAUACGCCCAAGAGGAAUUCCAGUGUCCUGAGUUUCAGUCCAAGCACAGGGGAAUGAGUGUGUGUGGAGUCAGGGUGUGUCGUGCACCCAGAUUGAGAACAACAUCUGAAUGCUCUUUUGUAACAACACAACAAACAUUUGUAAGGUUUUAAUAAAAAAAAAAGGAAAUUAUGUAAA